AUGAUUUUGGAAGAUAGCUCAAACUCAGACCAUCGAGUUGAAACUCGUCUAUUGUUGAAUAAUUUGCAGUCUUUUGAAUUUAUUUUUCAACUGCUUUUGAUGAGAAAUAUAUUGGGAAUUACUAAUGAUUUAUCUCAAGCAUUGCAAAGAAAAGAUCAAGAUAUUGUAAAUGCUAUGUCAUUAGUUAAAGUUUCAAAGGAUAGAUUGCAAAAGAUGAGAGAAGAUGGCUGGCAUAAUUUACUAUGUGAAGUGUCAUUGUUUUGUGAGAAGCAAAAUAUUGACAUUGUAAAUAUGGAUGAUGCAUUCGUGUUACAAGGAAAACCAGGUGUAAACUUCAAAAGACAACUUCAAGAGCUUAAUAAUCGAUUCACCGAGGUGAGUAGUGAAUUGCUUAUUUGUGUAGCAAGCUUAAAUCCAAGAGAUUCAUUUUUUGCAUUUGACAAGGAGAAGUUGGUUAAUUUGGCUCGAUUUUAUCCAUCAGAAUUUUCUUCUUUGGAGCUUACGGGAAUAGGCAAUCAACUUGAAAAUUAUAUCAAGGAUGUUCGUUCAUGUGAACAGUUUUCUAAUUUAGAUGGGAUUAGUGAUCUUUCAAGAAAGAUGGUGGAAACUAGAAGACAUAUUGUUUAUCCAAUGGUGUAUUUACUUUUGAAGUUAGCAUUACUUUUACCUAUGGCUACUGCAACCGUUGAAAGGAGUUUCUCUGCUAUGAAAUUUGUGAAGAAUCAAAUGCGCAACCGUAUGGGAGAUGAGUUUUUGAAUGGUUGUUUGGUAACAUACUUUGAGAGUGAUAUAUUUGAUAGUGUUGAAAAUGAAAAAAUCUUGCAACGCUUUCAAAAUAUGACGUCACGAAGAGGGAAAUUGUAA